AUGACAUUACCAGAAUCUAUCUCAGUAGUUUACUUUGGUCAACCAAAUUGUAUUGCUUGCGAUUUGGUCAGAGAUUUUAUGAGAGCCUUACCAGGUAGAUACCCAAAUGCCGUUUUCUUCCAAGUUCCAUUUGGUUCCCCAGUUACUGUUGAUUGUAUGUGGGCCAAUGAUGUUGCAAUCUAUCCAUUCGUCAAGGUCUUCAAGAAUUUCUCCACAGUUCAAAAAUGUAUGGGUUACGUUACUGGCUCUGGUACUACUAUGAUCGAUGAUUUAAUCAAGACACACUACCAGUUUAAUUUCAUUGAAUUGGAAGACGUCGUGGUGACGAUGGUCAAUGAGAUAGCACAGCAAUCGCAAGGCCAGACACUCCACAAGCGUACCGACUCUACGAAAUCAUAUACAUCACUCGCCAGUUCCUAUCCUUCAUCGCCAAGAUCCACUCCACCUUUGUGUAGAUUAUAG